AUGGCUCGUCGCCGUGGUCCCCAAGCCCAGCCCCCGCCACCAUCGUCCAACUCUCGACAAACCCGGAGUCGUGCCCGUCUUGAAGACGAUCCCACCUCCAUACCCGCAACCGCACCAGCACCCAUACCCAUACCCGCUGCUGUCCCUGCCCCUGCGCCCACGCCCGCUGCUGUCCCCACGCUCGCUGCUGUCCCCGCGCCUGCUAUCCUCGCCCCCGCGCCUGUGCCCGCUCGCGCCCGUGCUGCUGUCUCUGCAGCCGGCGUUGGCGUCGACGCCGCCCCUUGCAAGCCCAAGGCUCGCCGUGCGCGGAAAAAACCCUCCGACAACCCCCCUCUUGCAUCACCCUCGCCUGCCUCUGCCCCCGCCCCCGCCCCCGCCCCCGCCAGUGCCGUUGCCGACCCCGUUGUUGCCUCUCCUCAUCCCCCCAAGGCCCCCGCUGCUGUAUCCUCUUCUCUCGCUAUACCCGUCGGCCCCACCGCUGUCAAGCAGAAGCCUCGUAGUACGCAGGGAGACCCUUCCGGCCGACGCGUACUGGCUCAUUCCGAAUCAUCGAAGCCGUCAACUUCCCCCAACAUCCCCGCUGAUAUUGGACUGGCCUCCGUUCAGCAGGCUACUCCCUUAGGUACAGCAGGCCUCAGAGGCCCUGUCACUCCCCACCCUACUUCUCCCGACAAGGAGGCUGCAAACACCUUGGCGACAUCUCUCGCUCGGCAUGAGACAGGAGAGAUCGCCGUCUAUCUUGCUGCGCAGCCCGAGGCAGUGCUCGCUGACCGGGCAGGGCCAGCCGACAAUCCAACGGCGGCUCCAACCACCACGAGCGCACUGCCUGCUGCCUUUAUUACUUCCAAGCCACCGAUGCAGCCUAGCCCCACGAAACUCGUGUCCAGAUACCCCAAUGGACCCCAGAUACCGAUGCUCCAAGCCUUGCUGGAAAAUGAAGGCCAUGCGGGUGAGGGCUCGAUGCAUGUUUUCCACUCUAAGAGCUUGGGCUACGACGGGUUAGAAGAUGCAGCUCUGCAAGAUAGUCCGAGGCAGAUGAAGGCUCUUAAAGCUUGGUCCCUUGCCUCCAAAUCCUCUGCUCCGCGCAGGGACUUCUUACUCCCCCAUGGCGAUGAGGAUGGCGACGCCGAACAAAGCUCUCCAACCAAGCGUCGUACACAGUGGAAGCAUACCAAAAGCACCGCUGCUGCCCUCCCCACACCUGCUGUUCAAGCCAUGAGGCCUGCUGCCACCACCGCCCUCACAAACUCUAGCACUGCUUUCAUGCGCUCCGCCGUCCCUGACGUCUCCUUGCACCCCUCCACCCUCGCUGUCUCUGGUGGCACCCAUGCUGCUAUCGUCGCCUCUGCCACCCCUGCCACUACCACCACCUCCUCCACCAGUGAUAUCCAUGUUGGCAGACCCCCUUCCCCCUCUGUAGCCGUCGGUAACGGCGGUACGACCCCGUCAUGUUGCCGUCGGUAA